UCGGAACCGGAAGUGUACGGCCUGUGUAUUCUAGCAGGAUGAGCGGAUCCAGCUGAGGGAUUUUCCCUUUAUUUAAUAUCGUCCUCGACUGCGCUGUGAAAAGUAUAGCUAUCUGAAAUAAACAGCUGCCAUGUCUGAGACAUACGAUUUCCUUUUUAAGUUCCUUGUUAUUGGGAAUGCGGGAACUGGAAAAUCAUGUCUCCUUCACCAGUUCAUAGAGAAGAAGUUCAAAGAUGAUUCAAAUCAUACAAUCGGAGUGGAGUUUGGCUCUAAGAUAAUCAAUGUGGUCAACAAAUUUGUCAAACUCCAGAUUUGGGACACGGCAGGACAGGAACGGUUCAGAUCUGUAACACGAAGCUAUUACAGAGGGGCAGCAGGAGCUCUCCUUGUCUAUGACAUCACCAGCCGGGAGACAUAUAAUGCUCUGACCAACUGGUUGACAGAUGCCAGGAUGUUAGCCAGUCAGAACAUUGUUAUAAUUCUGUGUGGUAAUAAGAAGGACAUGGAUGCUGAUCGGGAGGUUACCUUUCUGGAGGCGUCUCGCUUCGCUCAGGAGAAUGAGCUUAUGUUUCUAGAGACCAGUGCUUUAACCGGGGAAAAUGUGGAAGAGGCCUUUGUCCAGUGUGCACGCAAAAUCCUCAACAAAAUAGAAUCAGGUGAGCUGGAUCCAGAGCGGAUGGGUUCAGGGAUUCAGUAUGGUGAUGCAGCGCUACGGCAGCUUCGUUCCCCGAGACGAGCUCAGGCUGAGAGUGUGCAGGAGUGUGGUUGUUAGAGAACCAACAGCAAGUGCUGUUGAAUUCUUGAUUCUGGCUGAUGAGGAGGAGUUGAUUAAUCUUUUAUUCUAAACCCUCUGACAGUAGUAAAGUUAUUAUUCAAAAUACAGGUUUAUUUUACAUUUAUUUAUUUCUGAACACUUUCAUACAAAGCAACUGUGAAUUACAUGUUGCAUAUUAAUAUGUGUUCUAAUAUAUCAAUUCUAUAGUAAAGUGAUAAAGGAAGUUAAUAAUUUAGCAAAUAAUUCAUCUGUAAUUCUGUUAGGAUACAGUGUCAGUAGCACUUUGUGUAAAUAAACAAAUGAAGGAAGAUGCCAUUCUUCACUUUUUUUUUUAUCGCUGGCAAAUUGCUGUGAUUUGAGGAAUAAAACACUAUAACAUGCGGUAUAACAUCACUUUGUGUCUGGCUACAUUAUACCACCAGACAAAAAAUACCCCACUGUUUUAUUUC